AUGUGAUCUACCAAAAUGCCUGCGUUUCUAAAAUAUAUUGAUAUGGAAAACUUCAAGUCCUAUCGCGGUCAUCACCGCAUAGGUCCUCUGAAGUCCUUCACCGCUGUUGUCGGACCCAAUGGUUCAGGUAAAUCAAAUUUUAUGGACGCAGUAAGUUUUGUUAUGGGUGAAAAGACGUCUCUGCUACGUGUAAAGCGUCUUAGUGAUCUGAUUCAUGGUGCGUCUAUCAACAAGCCUGUUUCUAGAAGUGCUUCAGUGACUGCCACUUUUGUGCUGGAGGAUAUGACAGAGAAGCAGUUCCAAAGGUCUGUUAAUGGACAAUCAUCGGAGCAUAAAAUUGAUGGGCAUUCGGUCUCCGUGUCUAUCUACUUGGCGGAGCUGGAGAAGUUGGGCAUUAAUGUGAAGGCAAAGAACUUUCUGGUGUUCCAAGGAGCAGUUGAGAGUAUUGCCAUGAAGAAUCCUAAAGAGAGGACUGCACUCUUUGAGGAGAUCAGUGGGUCAAGUGUACUUAAGGAGCAAUAUGAGGCCUGUCGUGGUGAAGUGAACCGAGCAGACGAGGAGGCUCAGUUCUCAUACCAGAAGAAGAAGGGUGUGGCUGCAGAGCGGAAGGAAGCCAAGUUUGAGAAAGAAGAAGCUGAGAAGUAUACCAGACUGAAGGAGGAGCUGGUUGAACAAAAAGUGGAACUCCAGCUGUUCCACUUGUAUCACAACGAGAAAGAAAUUCAGAAUAGUGAGGAGGAGGUGCAGCACAAGCAGUCGGAAAUGGCUAAAGUGGAGAAGAAGAGGCAGAAGGCAGAGGAUGCUCUGAAGGAUAAGAAGAAAGAAGCUGGCACCAUUCAGAGAGAGUUGGCCAAGAUUGAGCAGGACAUUAGAGAAGCAGAAGCUGAGAUCUCCAAGAAGCGACCAACAUUCAUCAAAGCCAAGGAACGAGUAACGCACUCACAGAAGAAACUCGAGAGUGCAGUCAAGACCCUGGAGCAGGCGCGAAAGGCUCACGAGGCUCACCAGGCGGACAUCAAGAAGUUGGAGGAUGAACUCCGCCAAGUUGAGGACCAGAAGGCUACCUGGGAGCAGUCCACUCUUGGCACUUCGCAUACGGGACGUGCUGACGUGCAUUUAGAGGAGGCUCAGAUCCGCGAGUACGAGGAGUUGAAGAUGGAGGCGUCCCGGCAGGCGGCGCGUUACCUUCAGGAGCUAGACUCCGUGAACCGCGAGCAGAAGGCCGACCAGGACCGCCUCGACAACGAGCUAAGGCGCAAGGGCGAACUAGAAAACAAGCAUCGGCAGAAGGGUCACGAGAGAAAUGAAGCUAUGAAGCGUGUCGAGAAACUGAACGAACACAUCAAAGGUUCGGAGCAGGCGCUGGAAGAGCAGAGGAGGCUGCGUGCAGAGUUACAGGCGGACGUGGGCGAGUGCCGCGGGCGCGCCGCCGAGCUGCAGGCGCAGCUGGAGGAGGUGGCGUCGCAGCUGGGGGACGCGCGCGUCGACAAGCACGAGGAGGCGCGCCGCAGGAAGAAGCAGGAGAUCGUCGAGAGCUUCAAGCGGGACAUCCCCGGCGUGUAUGACCGCAUGAUCAACAUGUGUCAGCCAACUCACAAGCGGUACAACGUGGCCAUCACCAAGGUGCUCGGCAAGUACAUGGAGGCGAUCGUGGUGGACACGGAGAAGACAGCGCGCCGCUGCAUACAGGUGCUCAAGGAGAGGAUGCUGGAGCCGGAGACCUUCCUCCCGCUCGACUAUAUACAGGCCAAGCCGCUCAGGGAGAGGCUCAGGGACAUCCGGGAGCCGAAGAACGUGAAACUGCUGUUCGACGUGCUGCGGUUCGAGCCGGCGGCCAUCCACCGCGCCGUGCUGUUCGUCACCAACAACGCGCUCGUCUGCGAGACGCCCGAGGACGCCUCGAGAGUCGCCUACGACCUCGACCGCACCAAGAACAGCAGAUACGACGCAUUAGCUCUGGACGGCACGUUCUACCAGAAGUCAGGAAUCAUAUCCGGCGGGUCGCUGGAUCUAGCGCGGAAAGCUAAGCGAUGGGACGAGAAGCAUCUCUCACAACUCAAGUCUAGGAAGGAAAAAUUAACAGAGGAACUACGCGAGUCCAUGAAGAAGUCCCGUAAAGAGUCCGAACUGACGACCGUGGACUCGCAGAUCCGGGGGCUGGAGUCUCGCCUCAAGUACGCCAUCACCGACAGGGACACUACGUUGAAACAAAUCAAACAAUUGGACGCUGAGCUCGCCGAGCUGGAGAGAAAAAUGGAUUUGUUUGGCCCUCAAAUUGAAGAGAUUGAGCGCACGAUCCGCACGCGCGACGCCAAGAUACAGGAGAUCAAGGAGAACAUGAACAACGUCGAGGAUGUGGUGUUCCGCGGGUUCUGUCGCGACAUCGGUGUUGCCAACAUACGGCAGUACGAGGAGCGUGAGCUGCGCGCGCAGCAGGAGCGCGCCAAGCGGAGACUGGAGUUCGAGGCGCAGGUCGACCGCAUCGCAUCCAACCUCGAGUUCGAGCGCUCCAGGGACACGCAGAAGAACGUGACGCGGUGGGAGCGCAGCGUGCAGGACGUGGAGGACGAGCUGGAGGCGGCGCGGCAGGCAGAGGCCAAGCAGCGGCAGGACAUCGACAGGGAGCUGCGCCAGGCAGACACGCUCAAGGCAGAGCGGACCGCCGCACGCGCACGACACGACCUCGCAGAGCAGGACCUCACCAAGGCUCGCAAAGAUGUGGCUACCAUACAGAAGGACAUACAAAGUAUUCAGAAACAGAUAUCGAGCAUCGAGUCGCGCAUCGAGAGCAAACGUAGUGAACGCCACAACAUACUCAGGCAGUGCAAGAUCGACGACAUCAACAUCCCGCUGGAGGAGGGCAGCCUGGAGGAGACUGAGGAGUCUGAAUCCUCGAUGGGGACCUCCACGCUGCAUCAGCGCGAGGCGCGCGUCCGCGUGGACUACUCCUCACUGUCGGACGGGCUGCGGGACCUGGAGGAGCCCGACGAGAUCAAGCGUAAAGCCGACAAGCUGCAGAAGGCCAUCAACUCGCUGCAGAACACCGUUGACAAGAUACAGGCACCCAACAUGAGGGCGAUGCAGAAACUGAACGAGGUGCGUGAGAAAGUAAAUGCCACCAACGAGGCGUUCGUGGCCGCCAGGAAGCGGGCGCACAAAGCCAAACUGGCAUUCGAAAGGGUGAAAAAGGAGAGACACGACAAGUUCAUAGAUUGUUUUGACCACGUCGCUAAUGAGAUUGAUGCUAUUUAUAAGGCGCUGGCGAUGAACCAGUCUGCCCAGGCGUUCCUGGGACCUGAGAACCCCGAGGAGCCGUACCUGGACGGCAUCAACUACAACUGCGUGGCGCCCGGCAAGAGGUUCCAGCCCAUGUCCAACCUCUCCGGCGGGGAGAAAACCGUCGCCGCGCUCGCGCUGCUCUUCGCUAUACACAGUUACCAGCCGGCGCCGUUUUUCCUAUUGGACGAGAUCGACGCUGCGCUGGAUAACACCAACAUCGGCAAGGUGGCCUCAUACAUCCGCUCGAAGAAGGGAUCGCUGCAGACCAUCGUUAUCUCCCUCAAGGAGGAGUUCUACGGCUGCGCAGACGCACUCGUCGGCAUAUGUUCAGAGCCUGCGGACUGCCUCGUCAGUGACGUCAUCACACUGAGCCUCGAGAAAUACGACGACUAGAAGAGAUCGAUUAGAUAUAGAAAUAUACGUAGGCUAAGCAUUCCGCUGGGAUCUGUUCAAUGACGUUUUAUAAUUAUUACAUACUAAGUUAAUGACAUACAAACAUACAUGGUGACAUAUGUUAUAUUUCACAACGUAAUUUAUAGCGUAAAAAUAAAAACUUACUUUAAUUAUAUAACUCUUUUAUUUACAAUAAAUCUCUUAUAUAUACAUAGUACGGGCGAUUUACAAAACAGAUUUAUAAAUGCCUCGCAGAUUACCUAUAGUUACAGCCGGUUGUUCUUUUUCAUAUAUAAUA